ACAGCACAAGCGUUUAUGGAGAACUUCAUAGGCAAUUGGAAUGGGGACUUUCCAAACUAUCCGCUGACAGCUGAGGACCUGAAGAAACCUCAUGCAGUGAUGGGAGCUUUGCUUCAAGUGCUUGACAGACUUGGUAUUGAUACAGAUGUUGUUCUGGCUCCACCUCCAAAAGAAGACCGCAACGAAAACACAAUGUACUACUGGGACCUCCUUCCCGUUAUCAACAUGACUCGAGUCAUCAAUCACCUUGUCUCCGUGAUGCCACAAGUAGAGGCUACAAUCAGCAUCGUACACUUCCUUCAACCAACGGCCACUACGUCACACUCCAUACUGUUGUUGCUAUUCAACCUCAUGGUGUUCAAUGAAGAGAAGAUGAGGAAUAUUGCUCCAUAUGAAGAGGAGUUGUUUGCGAAGACUGGCGAGGUUAAAGCUUUAGAGGAAAGGAAGAAUAGACUGCUGGAAAUGCUAAAUGAACAGGCUGAAGAAAAAGGAAAACGAGCUGGAAGACUGGAAAAGCUUGACCACGAUAUAAAAAUGUUUGAAGAAGAAUUGAAACAAGAGAAAGAAAUCCAUGAUGAAGAAAAACUGGAGUUAGAAGCUAUACAGAAGGAGAACAAGCAGACUGAGAUGAUUAUAGAACAGAAGAAGAGUCAUAGAGAUGCGCUGAUGGCUGAAGUAGCUAGGAAAAGGGCACUUAGAGUGUACGACGCAGAUGACAUCAAAGUCCAGGCAGAACAGGCCACACAGAAUCUUCAAGAGUUGGAGGAGAAGCUGGACUCCCUCCGAGCUAUUCUGAUGCAGAAGGAGAACAGCCUCAAAAACCUGCAAACCAUCAAGCCCAACUUGGACUCGGCUAACAAUUUGUUGCACGAGAUCAUGAAGCUUUCUGAUAGUUUGAAGGACUUUGAGAACGGAGAUCUAGACACGGAUAGUAAGGAGGGAGAGCUGGAUGUCCUGAACACAGAGCUGGGAGAGUUACAGGCACAACUGUCCGAGCUGCAAGCUGCGCGGGACGAGGCGGCCAGGAAGCGCGCGGACAGCCAGGCCAAGAGGCAGCAGGAGAGGACUGUGGCACAUAGUUCCCUAAGAGAGGCUGAAGAAAAAGACAAGAAGCUUCGAGAACGAUCGAAGAAGGCGCUGCAAAGAACAGAGGAAAUCAAAGAGUUGACGACCAAGUAUGAGAAUGAGAAAACUGCUGGGAUUGAACAGUUGGCGACGAUUAAGAAUAACUUCUGUACUGAGCUUAAAACAAUGGAAGAAUUGUUACUAAAGAAAGUUGUGGAAGCUGAGAAGAAAGUUGAAGAAAAAUUAAAGAAUAGACAUGUAUGA